AUGAAUCGAUUCCUGUCAAAAGUUCUAAGAACUGGUAAAAUAACAAAUUUUAGACGUAAUUUUCUUACAGGAACUACUUUUUACGAUGCCAGCGGUCAGGAAGAAAGUAAAUAUAUAUUAAAACCAAUUUCAAGCACAGGUCACACGUUUAGGAAGCAUAACAAUGAAGAACGUCAGAACUUAUAUGAAUUUGGAUUGUACGUGGCUGCAUGUCUGCCCAAAUACGUUCAAAAAAUUCAACUGCAACACACUGAUGAACUGGAAAUUCUAGUAGCUCCUGAAGGUAUUUAUCCAGUAUGUUGUUUUAUGCGCAAUCACCAUAAUUGCUGCUUCAAUCAAUGUACUGGGGCCACUGCAAUAGAUGUGCCUAGCAGGGUAUACAGAUUUGAAGUGGUAUACAUGCUUCUGAGUAUUCGAUACAGUGAAAGAGUUCGAAUUAAGACCUACACAGAUGAACUUACACCUCUACGAUCACAAUUUGCGAAUUGGUAUGCUUGCAAUUGGUAUGAAAGAGAAAUUUUUGACAUGUUCGGAGUAGUAUUUACUCAUCAUCCUGAUUUAAGAAGAAUUUUAACUGAUUAUGGUUUUAAUGGGCAUCCAUUUAGAAAAGAUUUUCCUUUGGUUGGUUAUACUGAAGUACGUUACGAUGAUGAAUUAAAAAAACUGGUGUUUGAGCCAGUAGAAUUCGCGCAAGAAAUGCGUCGGUUCCGUCUGGGGACUCCGUGGAGCUACUUGAAAAGUUUUCAUGAAGGAUACAAUUUGCCGAAACCUGAACCAAAGAAAAAAAAAUAA